AUGCCGGUAUACUUCCAGGCCUGCCGGGACGCCUCACCCAUCCGCUCCGCAGUCGAUACUCUCGGCCUAUGUCUGACUGUUAGGCCGGCCCUUAUCAUCAGCGGCAUUGUCAUCGCCGCAACCAAGACGUACCACGCGCAGCUCGUUGUCGUCGGCGCGCUCUCGACGCUCACCACUGACAGCUCGACGGCGCACGGCAUCGGCUUCCUCAUCAUCAUGGGCAUCGGCAGCGGCAUCUUCUACUCUGCGGCGUACUUCCCGGUGCUCGCACCGCUGCCCGCCUCGGAGAAUUCCCACGCACUUGCGCUCUUCGCGUGCUUCCGCUCAUUUGCAGGCGUCUGGGGCGUGACAAUCGGUACCGCAGUGCUACAGACGCAGCUCACGCACCGCCUGCCUGCGGCCUUCCUCGCGCAGUUUCCGGGUGGUAUCUCGCUCGCGUACGAUGCGGUUGCCGCGAUCCGCAUGCUGGAAGAGCCGCUUAAGCAAGAGGUGCGUGUCGCGUUCGCGCAGAGCCUCCGCAUCGUCUGGGAGGUCUCGAUCGGCAUCGUGGGCCUCGGCUUCCUCUCGACGCUCCUCAUGAAGGGUCUCCCGCUGCACACGCAGAUGGACGAGAAGUGGGCGCUAGAGGCCGCGAAUGCCGCGCGGCCGGUCGGCGUCGAGCUUGAGCCGACCGAGAAGCCAAAUGGAACGGUGCAGCAACAGGCGAACAGGUAG